AUGUGUGAUUCAAAGCUGGUUGCUAGAAAGUUCAAGGACAAAAUUGUUUCUCAGCUAUACAUUAGGAUUCGGGAAAUUCAGGAUUUGGUGUCAAGUGUGGCUGGUAGAGGUCAUGGUGCUACUGGUAGAGGUAAAGGUGCUGCUGGUAGAGGUAAAGGUGGUUCUAGUAGGGAUCAGUGUGAUGUUGAUAGGGGAGGUGGUUCUGAUAGGGGUCAAUGUAGUGCUGAUACGAGAGGUGGUUCUGGUAGGGGUCAAGGAGGGAUUGGUAGAGGAUUGUCAAGUUCCACCUUUGCCAACCAACAAGAGGCAUACAAUGCUACCUCAUUUGUUGUUGCUACUGGAUACAAAAGGCCUGCAACUGGUUUUGGUGUUUACUCUGAUCCAGCAGCUGGAACCCAAGUGUACAAUCCUGGUACAUCAAGUGAGAGGGUUCUUUAUGGAGGUAUAAAUUUAAAGAGUGCUUCACCAAUCAAUAUAGAUAUUAGUUUUAAGCCUAGUGGUCUAAAGUGGAAUGGAAAAGAUGCAGUCACCAGCACACAAUAG